GGUAGUGGGACAAAGUUGUUACUAAGGCAACAGAGGGACGCAGAGCCUUCCGCAGUCUAUUUUCGGAGCCUAGCGAGCGACUUGAAAACUGACCAAGAAUAUGGAAUCAGAAAAUAUGGAAAAUGCAGCCAUGGAAACUGAAAAUAUGGCAUCUGAAAAUAUGGAAGCUGAGACUAUUUCUUCAGUUUCUGCUCUUCAAGCCCUCUCUAAGCUACUUUAUCCUGAAGAAGAGGAUGAUUUUAACUUUGGACAGUCAAAUUGUUCAUCUACUGUUGCAGCCAUGGGACCUGGGAAUAUUGGCCCAACAAAAACAGAAGAGCCCAAAGUCAUCCCUCAAACCAGUUAUGAAAAUAGCAAAGACAUCUGGAAGCCAGAAGAAGUUCCAGAAGGAGCAGAGUAUGAUGACAUGUGGGACGUUAGAGAAACACCCGAGUAUGAGAUUAUAUUCAAACAGCAUGUGGGAACUGAGGAUAUAUUCCUAGGAUUGACUAGAAAGGACUCAUCGACAGCAUGUUGCGAGGAUCUAGUGAUUAAAAUUAAACUACCAAAUACAAGCUCUUCUGAAAUUAAAAUUGACAUCCAGGAAAUGAUCCUUGAUCUUCGCACACCUAAUAAGAAGCUGUUGGUAACCCUUCCCCAUCCUGUGGAAUGUAGCAGUGCCAAAGCUUUUUAUAUCCUAGAGACUGAGACUCUUGAAGUCACUGUGGCUUUGAAAAGAGAGUUGGAUUUUCUUAAUUUUUUUUGAAACUGCAUGAAUAAGAAGUAAAAGAGGUAAAAUGUCACUGGUAAAAAUUAAAUUGUUUUUAAGUGGUCAGUGUUUUCUAUAUUCUCUUUAUUAUUCUGGCAUAUUUUGGACAAGGCCUAAAUUCAAUUCUAGUAGUAUUCUGAUAAUUUAUAGUCCUUUUGUAUUACUCUGUUAAGAAUGACUGUUUUCUGAUGAUAAUGAGCUAUUCCCUUUACAGAGUGAGAGCGGGAUAGAAUACUUACAAGUUAACCAAUUAAAUUGCUACAUGGUCAAUUAAAUAACUGAAAUAUGACCAUGAAAUUAGUAGUCCACUUAUUUCAGUAUUCUGAAGAACUAAAGACAAUUAAUUAUGCUAUGAUACAAUCAGUGAUGUAGCAAUUGGCCAUUAUUAUCUUCAGAAAAGUUUAUGUGGUUCCUUUUCAUUGACUUGAUCAAAUGAAAGUGUUCUCUGUUUAGGCUCUCACUGUUGUUCUGAAAUAUACAGGUAACAAAGGAUUAUAAAAUGUUUGAUGUACCAUAUUAACCACACAUUUUACUUGAAUAAAAAAUACUCUUGAGCACACAGGAUCAUUUGGCUGCCUCAGACCUGCUUUCAAUGCUUGGAUCUAGUUAGGUUAAAACUAUUUUUCUUUAUGUGCACUAACAAUUAUUAAUAAUGCCUUUUGGGGUACUGUAUUUAUUUUUAGCCAUCUGAAAUCCUUGACAUUUAAAACGAAUAUAAAGAAAAGUGUGGUGCAUUUGCAAAUCCUGUUCUCUCUCAUUUCCUGUCUUUCUUCUUAAUUAUACAUACCUAUUUUUGUGAAUUGUGCCAAUGCACCCUGCCUCUUCUGUACUAUACUGCAUAACA